CGGCGCAGGCGCUGAGGCCGCAGCGCGGGGCGGGGCGGGCCUGCUGAGAGCCGGGGUUACGGGGCUGUCUACUGAGGCGGUACUGGCGGUUUAUGGACUCUUUCUAUUUCCUUUCCUUUUCCCCGUCUUCUCAGUGUGAUUUUCUUGAAAUCACCUUUGCUCCAGAAUCAACAAACUCGUCGUCUAAGAUUGGUUCCUGUGUAUCCCAUGUUUAUAAGUCAGUGGAGUCAAGCCCUAAACACACAAGCUGAAAAAUCAAAUAAGGGAAUGAAUUCUUUCUUUUGACAGUUUUUACUUACAGGAACUUGAUCAGUAUGGAGAAUUGUAGAGGAUCUUUAGAGGCCAGAAUAAUUUUUUCCUUUCAUCAUUGGAAACCUCCCUGAAUUUCUUGGCUGUCUUCUCUGGAGUCUGGAAUUUGAGGCUAAACUCAAUUAUUAAAUUGGCUCAGACAGAAAAUCGAAGAGAAUGCUCCGUUUUAACCGAUAUCAGCAUCUGAAACAGAUAACACAAAAAUGUGUUUCUAGUAUAUAUGUUAAAACAGAUAAAUGUACACCACUAUUUCUUUCAAGAACCUUUGCACUCACAGAAUUAAGGAAGUCAUGGUGUUCAACCCACUCUCUUUUGGGAGACAAAAAUAUUAUCCUAAUGGGACCUCCUGGUGCUGGAAAAACAACAGUAGGCAAAAUUAUAGGGCAGAAACUAGGUCGUUGUGUCAUAGAUGUGGAUGAUGAUAUUCUUGAAAAAACUUGGAAUAUGAGUGUGUCUGAAAAAUUACAGGAUGUUGGCAAUGAGCAAUUUUUAGAAGAGGAAGGAAAAGCUGUGUUAAACUUCUCUGCAUCUGGAAGUGUGAUUUCCCUCACUGGAUCCAAUCCCAUGCAUGAUGCUAGCAUGUGGCAUCUAAAGAAAAAUGGCAUAAUUGUAUACCUGGAUGUACCCCUAAUGGAUAUAAUUAGUCGUCUAAAAUUAAUGAAGAUAAAUAGAAUUGUAGGUCAGAAUUCUGGAACGUCUAUGAAAGAGUUACUUAAGUUUAGGAAACAGUAUUAUAAGAAGUGGUAUGAUGCUCGAGUUCUUUGUGAAAGUGGGGCUUCCCCAGAGGUGAUAGCUGACAAAGUGCUGAAUGAAGUUAAAAGGUACCAAGAUGUGGACUCAGAAACAUUCAUUUCAACAAGGCAUGUUUAUCCUAAAGACUGUGAACAGAAGCUUUCAACAAAAUUCUUUAGCGAAGCUGUGAUUGAGGGCUUAGCUUCUGAUGGUGGACUGUUUGUUCCUGAGAAGGAGUUCCCAAAAUUAAGCUGUGGGGAGUGGAAAAACCUAGUAGGAGCAACUUAUGUAGAAAGAGCACAGAUACUGUUGGAAAGGUGUAUACAUCCUGCAGACAUACCUGCUGCCAGAUUGGGAGAAAUGAUUGAAACUGCUUAUGGGGAAAACUUUGCCUGCUCAAAAAUUGCUCCUGUCAGGCACCUUUCAGGCAACCAGUUCAUCCUGGAGUUGUUUCAUGGGCCAACAGGAUCAUUUAAGGAUUUAUCUUUACAGCUUAUGCCUCAUAUUUUUGCACACUGCAUUCCACCAAGUUGCAAUUAUAUGAUACUUGUAGCUACUUCAGGAGACACAGGGAGUGCAGUCUUAAAUGGUUUUAGUCGUCUUAGUAAGAAUGAGAAGCAAAGAAUAGCUGUGAUCACAUUUUUUCCUGAGAAUGGAGUAAGUGAUUUUCAGAAAGCACAAAUAGUUGGCAGUCAGAGAGAAAAUGCAUGGGCAGUGGGUGUCAAGUCAGAUUUUGAUUUUUGCCAGACAGCUAUAAAAAGAAUUUUUAAAGAUUCUGAUUUCACUGGCUUUCUUACUGUGGAAUAUGGAACAAUAUUAAGUUCAGCUAAUUCCAUAAACUGGGGCCGACUGCUUCCUCAGGUAGUUUACCAUGCUUCUGCCUAUCUUGAUCUCGUUAGCCAAGGAUUUAUUUCUUUUGGAAGCCCAGUAGAUGUCUGUAUUCCCACAGGAAACUUUGGAAACAUAUUAGCAGCAGUGUAUGCCAAGAUGAUGGGAAUCCCUAUUCGAAAAUUUAUCUGUGCCUCCAAUCAGAACCAUGUUUUGACCGAUUUUAUAAAAACAGGACAUUAUGAUCUAAGGGAAAGAAAAUUAGCUCAAACUUUUUCACCAUCAAUAGAUAUUCUCAAAUCCUCAAACCUGGAGCGACAUUUACACUUGAUGGCUAAUAAAGAUGGGCAGUUAAUGACAAAAUUAUUUAAUCAGUUAGAAAAUCACCAUCACUUCCAAAUUGAAAAGAUUCUAGUUGAGAAACUUCAGCAGGAUUUUGUAGCUGACUGGUGCUCUGAAGGAGAGUGCCUAGCAGCUAUUAAUUCUACCUAUAAUGCUUCAGGAUAUAUUUUGGAUCCACACACUGCUGUUGCAAAAGUGGUUGCAGACAGAAUGCAAGACAAAACUUGCCCAGUGAUUGUCUCAUCUACAGCUCAUUACUCAAAGUUUGCACCUGCUAUUAUGCAGGCUUUAAAGAUAAAAGAAAUCAACCAAACUUCAUCAAGUCAGCUUUAUUUAUUGGGUUCAUACAAUGCAUUACCUCCACUACAUGAAGCUUUACUAGAGAGAACAAAACAGCAAGAGAAGAUGGAGUAUCAGGUUUGUUCAGCUGAUAUAAAUGCCCUGAAGAGUCAUGUGGAAAAACUAAUCCAAAAUCAACUCAUAGGAAGGUUUUCUGAGUAGAAUAUUGUUUCCUGCUGAUAAGUAUGCAAUAAUAAAUCUCAAAAGUUGAUUUGGAGUACAACAGCAUUUGUUUCUAUGUAAAUGUAUAUGUAUAUAUGUGUAUAUAUUUAUCUGUUAAUUUUUGGAACUUCAGUAGCCUAAUUUCUAGGACAGAUCAUUAUACCUACAUAUACCUCCUUCAAUCCUUAAUCUAGAAGUGACAAAUGGUGGCAAAGUACAUGGAACCUUCUGCUAUCAUAUGCUUUGCUUUGUGCUCUUGAGGGCUAUGUCAGUUUCUGUUCCCUCAUCUCCACUUUUUAAAUGGACCAAAAUAUAUUCAGUUUUGCAAUUAAAAAUAUUUAAGCACAAUUGUUAAGUACACUGCUUGUAACAAUUUACUAUUUCUCUUUUGGCUAGAAAGUUUUUAUUGCUCAAAAUAGCUAACUUGUUUGGAGGAAUUAGUAAAUUCAUCUAUAAAGGUUAAGGCCAGUAUUUUAAAUCAUUUUCAAACUCAAUUUUGAACUACAAUUAAUUGUGUGUUUCCUACAAUUAUCUAAUUAUAUUAGAUAAGUGCUCUGCCCUUCACUCCCCUUUGACUGUUUAACUAUAAACAGUCAAAGGGGAGUGAAGGGCAGAAGGAGGAUGAAAUUUGAAAGCAAGAUAGUAUUUAAAUCCAGGAUGUAACAGUCAACAGAAGUACUUAGAAGUGGAUAUAGAAAUAAAAUUACCUAUUUCAAGAGGUCAGUUCUCCAAAAUUGUUAAUAAAGGUAUAGGUAUUGUUAUAGACAGCAGCUUUCCCAUAUUAUUGGAAUCCAUUUCUAUAUAAUUGAUCUAUUAACCCUUCAAUAAAGUGUUUUGUUUUCUGUG